AUGCUGGUGAGAUACAGGAGCCAGGUUCCCGCCUCUCGGCUUGGGCCUCUCCAGGCUCUUGACCCCAGCCCCUCUCCCUUGCAGAGUCCAAACGUGUCCCUUGACCCAGAGCCUCGGAGCACCUCAAUCCCUGACGGCGUCCCAGGGGGCAGGAGCAUCUCCCCAAGACGCCCGGAGAGGCCCCUGGGGCCUUGCGCGCCGCCGGGGCUGGAGGAGGCUCUGAGCGCGCUGGGGCUGGAGGGAGAACGUGAGUACGCCGGGGACAUCUUCGCCGAAGUCAUGGUGUGCCGCGCGCUGCCCCCGAGGGCCCUGCCCCGCACCGUGACCCCGGAGAUGCGCGCGCUAGUGGUGGAUUGGCUGGUUCAGGUGCACGAGUACCUGGGUCUGGCGGGGGACACGCUCUACCUGGCCGUGCACCUGCUUGAUUCCUACUUGCGCGCGGGCCGAGUGCGCCUACACCGCCUGCAGCUGCUGGGCAUGGCCUGCCUGUUCGUGGCGUGCAAAGUGGAAGAGUGCGUGCUCCCCGAGCCCUCCUCCCUCUGUCUCCUGGGCGCUGGCUCCUUCUCGCUGGCCGAGCUUCUGCGCGCGGAGCGCCGCAUCUUGAGCCGCUUGGAUUUCCGGCUGCACCAUCCGGGCCCGCUACUUUGCCUCGGGUUGCUUGCUGCGCUGGCCCGGAGCGGCCCCCAGGUGUUGCUUCUCGCCACUUACUUCUUGGAGCUGUCUCUGCUAGAGGCCGAAGCCGCAGGGUGGGAGCCGGGUCGCCGUGCAGCUGCGGCGCUGGGCCUGGCUCACCGGUUGCUCGACGGAGCGGGUUCCGGGCCUGAGCCGGCGCUUUACAGCCGAGCGGAGCUGGGCCCGCUCGAGCGGUGCAUGGUCCGCGCUGCGCUCCGAGGCCCCGCGCCCGGCCGCGCCGCCGUCUUCCUCAAGUACGCGCGGCCCCAGCGCCAGGGCACCAGCCUCGCCGCUGCCUACCUGCUCCGCCACUCCCUACCGGGGCCUCCCUGAGCCCGGAGACCCCAGCAAAAAAGACUCUCUCCUUGUGCGUCUGUUUCCCACUUCAAUAAAAAAAAGUUUUUAUUCCGAGUGCUCUUUAUCCUCAGUGGUCAAAUUCUGGCCCUUCUCUCGUUUUUGAUUGGUUAUUUCCCGGGCCUCCCACUCACCUGAUUGGAUGUUCUCACCGAGGCCCUUAAUGGCUGCUGGGAGACGAGAUGAGAAUUCUGGAUUACGCCGCCAGGGGGCACUGGCGGGCUUUCACAAGCGCUGCUGGGCUGGGAAAAGCGCGGAUCUCAAACGCAAAUACUUGCGGGAGUUAGAGACGCUGAGAGGAAGAUAGCAACGCGGGCUAAUGAACCUCGGUCUCCGGGUUGGGGAGAAGCUAGGAAGAAGGGCGACUGUAAGAAACUGAGAAUGCCUGUCCUAGUCAUGAAGAAUGUCACCUUCAUGGUGCCAGGUUUUCAGAUUUCGUUCGUAAGGGAAGUUGAAAAUCUGCGAUUCCAUAAAUAGCUCUGCUUUUAUAUGUUGGCAACUAAUUCAGUAUUUUUAACAGUUGCACAAAUCCAACACAUUACAUAUACUGGCCUGCGAGGGUCAUCAGUUUGUGAUCGUAUGGGCCUUGGAUAGCAAGAGUUUGUUAAAUGGGGUCUGGUUUAUGGGGUCUGAAGUGCCACAGUGUCAGUGGGUAUAAUUAUAGUACCGACCUCAUGGUGGUGUGAUGAGGCCGUGAGUUAACAUAAAGGUAAAGCUUUAGGACCGUGCCUGACACCUCGUAGGUACUGUGAAAGUACUAGCACCGCAUCCCAGCAGAACUGGGAGCUAGUACAGUUGUCCCCUCUUUCUGUUGAGCCUGUAGCACUCAGACAUUAGUAGGUUUGCUCAGAAAAUAAUUGUUAUGAAUCAGUGGGUUUCCACGUUUUUAAUUAAAAACACGCCUGGGGUGCAGAAAGGUGACUGAUGCUGUUCUGGAAAUCAGUCUCGGGAAUAUUAGACUCUUAACCAAGCCUAGGUUUGGAGGUGCUGAGAGGAGGAAGUUUUUACCACUGAGGUGUUCAAGUUUGGAGGAUCAGGGAGAGACUCAGUACAAUAAAAUAUAGAAAUGCAGUUGGAAUGAGAGGUUGUUAUGUUCAGGUUUGGGUCUGUUGGGUGGGAACUGCCGUGGGAAGGGGAGGGGACAGUGGAAAUACAGGGUUGGUGUUUGGGAAUGAGACCCAGGCUAGGGUCUUGGUGGGGGUGGUAAUGGUGCUAUACAUAGUUACUCGUUCACUCAUUCAUUCCACAACUAUUCAUGAAUAUGCCAGGACUUCCGUGGUGCUCCAGUGGUUAAGAAUCCACCUUACAAUGCAGGCAAUGUCAAGUUGACCCCUGGUCGGGGAACUAAGAUCCCUCAUGCCUCAAAGCAACUGUGCCCACACACUGCAACUAGAGAGUCCAUGCGCCUCAAGGAAAUAUCCCUCAUGCUGCAACUAAGACCCGGUGGAGCCAGAUGACAUAAGUGAAACUAGUUUACGUGGACGUUGACUGCGAGUCAGGCACUUACAAUCACAUAUCUCACAGUCUCAAGAAUGAUAAGGAGCACUGGCUGCUAUCUGGUCAUUACUGAACUACAUGCUUUACCUACAUAACAUGA